GGCAGGUUGGCCAUCCGUGGACACGACCAACGUCAGCUGCAGAGGGGUGGUCUUUCUCACACGCUUGGUUAAAUGUAAACAGCUCGACCGCACAAAUAUAGUACAGCCCCUGCGUUGCAUUUAAAACUCGAGGGAAAGCGAUACAGUGUAAUAGAUGCGUUUCCGGUCUAUACUUUUGACGUUUGUCACCCCUCCAACUCACGGUUGGGAAAUUCCCUCCACAUGUAUAGUGAUUUGUUAGUGUUGGGGAGCCCGAUGGGGUUGAGUUCGCGGUUUGGGAUUAUGUGCUAGACUGGCCAGCACAGAGCAAGAUUCAAAGAGUUACAUAAAGGAAGGUUUCUUUAGGAACACGUGGAUUUAUCGUCACCAACAAGAGUCUGGCAGCGAGGCUGGUGUGAGUGUGCGUUGAUCCAGUAGAAGCUGUUGGUUGUGAGUGAGAUUCACUUUCUCUGGUCACAGCAGAAGGUUAUGAGUGUGUGUUAAUGUGCAUGAGUUAUCUGAUCCCAUUGUAAGUGGGAGGUGCUCAGGGGUGGAGCUCCAGUGAGGGGCAGAAAUCUACAGGCUGCAGCCUCUCAAACAUGAGCAAACUGACUUUCCAUAAUAACAAGAUGAUGCAGGACCGCCGGUGUGUGUGUGUGUUCCUCCCAAAUGAUGAAACGCUUAACGUCAUUGUCAGUGUUAAGACUGUAUGUAAGGAGUUGUUGGUGCAGGUCUGUGAUUUGCUCAGGUUGAAGGACUGUCACCUUUUCGGUCUCAGUGUUAUUCAGAACAAUGAACACAUAUACAUGGAACUAGUACAGAAACUGUCAAAAUAUUGUCCAAAAGAGUGGAAACGCGAGGCCAGCAAGGGAAUUGACCAGUUUGGACCUCCGAUGAUAGUUCACUUCAGAGCACAAUAUUAUGUGGAGAAUGGCAGACUUAUCAGUGAUCGCGUGGCCCGGUAUUAUUACUAUUGGCAUUUGAGAAAGCAGGUACUGCAGUCUCAGUGUAUCCAGAGAGAAGAGGCCUAUUUCUUGCUGGCAGCAUUUGCACUGCAGGCUGACCUGGGAAACUUCAAACGGAACAAACACUUUGGUGCCUAUUUCCAGCCGGAAGCUUACUUUCCCUCCUGGGUAAUUGCUAAAAGAGGAUGUGACUAUAUUCUCCGUCAUAUUCCAAACAUGCACAAAGAGCAGUUUGCUCUUACAGCAUCAGAGGCCCAGCUGAAGUACAUCAAGGAGGCGGCGCUCUUGGACGACGUGACUGUUCAUUAUUACCGUCUUUACAAGGAUAAGAAAGAGUUGGAGGCCUCUUUAACACUGGGACUCACUUUACGUGGGAUUCAGAUUUUUCAGAAUGUGGGAACUGUCAGGCAGCUCUUGUAUGAUUUUCCCUGGACCAAUGUGGGAAAACUGGUGUUUGUGGGGAAGAGGUUUGAGAUUCUUCCUGAUGGUUUGCCCUCAGCCAGAAAGCUUAUCUACUACACUGGCUGUCCUCUGCGUUCACGACAUCUUCUGCAACUGCUCAGCAACAGCCACCGACUGUAUAUGAACCUACAACCUGUGCUCAAACAGGUUCGACGUCUAGAGGAAAAUGAAGAGAAGAAACAGUACAGGGAGUCAUAUAUCAGUGAUGCUCUGGAGGCAGACAUGGAUCAUUUGGAUCAGCGGUCACUUGCCAGUGGCAGCAGUGCGGGCAGCACAUCACGACCAAAUCCAUUUUCACGACACUCCACCACGAGUCAUGGCAGCUCCCGCACAUCUGGCAUCGACACAGACAGUUUCCGAACCCCCACAAACACACCACACCGACCACUGAGAACACACUCCUCUUCCAACACAAGCCACGCCAGCACGCGCACAUCUGGCAUCGAGAGCAACUGCAAGGAGCACUGCCUGGAUGAAGACGAGAUCGAGAUGUUGGUUGAUGAUCCAAAAGGUUGUGAAGAUCUUGAUGAUUUGAAACUCAAUCAGGAUCUGUGUAUCCACAUAACAGAGGACAUGCUGACGUCAGCAAUCAACAAUGGCUGCUCCGGGUUAGUGGUGAAGGAAGUCAGUUCUUCCACAUCCAGCUCGUCAGAGACGGUAGUGAGAAUGAGAGGCCAGAGCAUUGAAUGUCUCCCCCAGAUGGUGAUGGGCAGGAAGGGUCAAAGCUCCACAGAUCAACAUAGCCAAUCACUGGAUGAUGUUCGUAUGUUCCAAAGGAACUGCCAGGAGUGGGCGGAGCUUUGCCAGGACACCGCACACAGUUAUACAUUCGGCUGCGAGCCGGACCUCGUGGACAAGGUCGGCUGUGGUUACCAGGGACUUGCAGAGCAGUGUGCUGGUAUCCGGAAUAUCCAGAACGCAUUUACUAUCAAGAGAACCAGCAAGCAUUUCUCUCUGGAUCUGGACAGAGAGGAUCUGACCACAGAGCACCUGGCCACAGAAGCAGAACCAGAGUUUGUGGUGUGAGGCAAAGAGUACUAAAAAGAGCCCCAGAACAAAACAAAGAAUACAGGACAUUAUUAUAAAAGAGAUAGUUCACCCAAAAAUGAAAAUUCUGUCAUAAUUUACUCAUCCUCAUAUUGUUACAAACCUGUAUGACUUUCUUUCUUUAGUGGAAACACAAAAGGUAAGAUUUUGGAUUAAGAAUAACUAGGUCAGUCUUCCAUAUAAUGAAAGUGAAUGAGGGUUGACAAGCUUUGAAAUGACAAAAUAUCACCAUGAAAGAACAACUUGUGCUCUGUAUUCCAAAUCUUCUGAAGUCAUAUAUUAGUUUUGUGUGUGGAACCGAAUAAAAUGUUAGUUGUUAUUCACUGAAAACCUUCUUAUCCACACCAGCUCUCUUUGGCGCAUUCAUGAGAGAAAUAGCAAUGUCUGAUUUAUGAUGAGUCAAAUCUUUUCAAUGAAUCGAUUCAUCCAGUUCACAAAACCAAUCUAAAUGAUUUGUCACGAAUCAGAUUGAUAUGGCUUUCGAGUUCAAAUUACUGACUGAAUUAUUCGAAAACUGCUCAAUGGAGGGAAAGAUUAUCAGAGAAUAACAACUUAAAUUUCACUAUUGUAUGGUUUCAGAAGAUUUUCCAUCUUUAUGAUAUUUUAUGGUUAUUUUUAUUUUAUUUUUUGCUUGAAAGGAGCUUGGAAUAGUUCACCCAAAAAUGAAAAUUCUCUCAUAAUUUACUCACCCUCAUGUCAUCCCAGAUGUGCAUGACUUUCUUUCUUCUGCUGAACGUAAACAAAGAUUUUUAGAAGAAUAUUUCAGCUCUGUAGGUCCUCGCAAUGUAAGUGAAUGGUGACUAAAAAUGUUAAGCUCCAAAAGCACAAAGGCAGCAUAAAAGUAAUCCAUAAGACUCCAAUGGUUAAAUCAAUGUCUUCAGAAUCGAUAUUUGGGUGAGAAACAGAUCAAUAUUUAAGUAACAUUUUACUAUAAAUCUCCACUUUCAUAUUCUUUUGUUUUUGUCGAUUCACAUUCUUCAUGCAUAUCACCACCUAGUGGGCAGGGAGGAGAAUUUAUAGUAAAAAAGGACUUAAAUAUUGAUCUGUUUCUCACCCACACCUAUCAUAUUGCUUCUGAAGAUAAAGAAUUAACCACUGGAUUACUUUUAUUCUGCCUUUACGUGCAUUUUGGAGCAUCAGAGUUCUGGUCACCAUUCAGUUGCAUUGAAUGAGCUGAAAUAUUCUUCUUAAAAUUUUUGUUUGUGUUCUGCAAAAGAAAGAAAGUCAUGCACAUCUGGGAUUGCAUGAGGGUAAGUAAAUGUAUAAUUUUUGAGUGAACUAUCUCUUUUAAGCCCCGGUCCUCAUUCAGUUUCAUUAUAUGGACAAGAGUAACUAGAAUAUUCUUCAAAAAUUCACCUUCUGUGUUAAACAGAAUAAAGACAGUAAUAGGACUUUGGAAUGACAUGAGGGUGAGUAAAUGCUGAUCACAUAUUGUCAUUUUUGGGAGAUCUAACCAUUUAAGGACUUUAAUAUGUGUGUAUUAAUGUGUGUGUGUGUAUCUAAAACAAGCAAGAGAAUCUGCACCAUUUUAAUGCCAAAAGUGUAAAAUCUAGAAACAGCUGCCUUACCAAAGCAUCCAGUCGUGUGUGUGUCUUUGUGUGUCUUUGUGUGUCUUUGUGUGUCUUGUGUGUGUGUGUGUGUGUGUGUGUGUGUGUGUGGUACUGGCUGUCCUAAAUAAACCCUCAGUGCCUUGAAUACACUAUGCAGGUUCUUAGAACACAAACUAAAGUUUCUGCACUCUUGUUUACGUCUUCCAUUAAACCAACCACCCCCGUCUCCAAGAAAAACGCCCUACUUUUGUCUCCAAGAAUAACACUAAACCUAAUGAGCUCUUUGGGAUUGUGGGAACUGAAUCAUGUGAGCAUCAUAAUCAGAGGGCAAGUGCUGGAGUGUGCCGCCCUGUAGCAUGAAUGCCUGAUGGGAUUUCAGGCCGGCGUGGCUCUUGUUUAAAAAAAAUGUUUGCACAUAGCUGAAACUGGAGCUGAUCGAGGGGGAAAUAAAUUUGUCUUCCAUAGACUUUUUUUAUACCUUAACAGUUUUUUUUUUUUUCCCCUCUCUGAUCAUUUUGUUUAUUUGUCAAACUGGAAUUUGAGUAUGGAGUUGCUCGGUUAUUACCUUAAUAUGUGGUUUUAUAAAGAAUGACUGCUGUGUAUUUUAAUGGUGUGUUGCCUGUCAGUAUUAAGCUGUUACUGGGAGACAGUAUUAGAAACCUUAAAGGAACAGUUCACCUGAAAUUGAAAAUUCUAUAGUCAUUUAUUCACCCUUAUGUCUUUUAUAAUCCAUCUAACUAUCUUUCUUCUAUUUAAAACAAAAGGAGUUAUUAAUAGCAGAAUGUCCAAGCUGCUAUUUUCCAUACAAUGAAAGUGAAUGGUGACCACCGCUAUCAAGCAAGAUUUAUAUUAAAUAAUGACUUAAAUUUCAGUCUGUUACUCACACAAAGCUAUCAUAUGGCUUUAGAAUAUAAACUUUAGACUUGGAAUAUAGUUCAUGAGUUGUAUUGAGAGCUUUUAUGCUGCUUUUUUGUCCUUUUGGAGCUUGACAGCCCCUGGUCCCCAACCACUUUGGGUUUGGAACAACAUGACUGUGAGUAAAUCACAGAAUUUUAAUUUCUGGGUGAACUAUCCCUUUAUGAAAAGGUUACAAGAUGCAUUUCUUCCAUCAAAACGAGAAAGAGAAUGUGUGUGUGUGUUUACACACUUUGUUCAAAGGAAGGUAGAAACUAAACAUAAUGAAGCAUAUCACAUCUGAGGAUACUUUUUAUUAAUCAUGUAGCAUAAGUCAGUGCAGAGUUCUGUUUGACAAAGAAACCCACCUAUCGUUGAACUCCUCCCCCUUUAGAUGGGUGAUUUGGAGGUCUUUGGAUGAACAGCAUUUAAAAGCUCAUGUGCAUAUGGGCCUCUGUGUCAUGUGACUUUGUGCAUUAUGCUGAACACUAGUACAGUAGCUAUAGAUGCCCCUACCUGUCUUCACAUUCAUCUCUCUGUUACACCCCAAAACACCCCUUGAAACACAGCAAUGAAUUGGAAAUAGCCGUUUUACACAUCUUGAUCAGUUGUGAAGCUGUCUAAUUGUUAAUUUUUUCCACUCCAUAUGAUUGAUGGAAUGAUUUGUUGUGCAGUGGUGUCUGUCUGAGUCAUUUGCCACUCCAUGUACUGUUUACCCUUUGUGUUUGCAGCUAGACCUUUUCCUUUCUGUGAAAGGAAUUCCCUAUUUGAAAAUGAAAUGAUUUUUCCAGUAUCUUUGCAGGCCCAUUUGAUUCUGUCCCCUCAUUCAAGUGUGUUUUGUGCCUUGCAGGUGCCAAAGUCCUCAAAUGUUUGCAAUAAAAGGUACCUUCAUUUGGAAGCAAAUCUGUCCCGCAUUGUUUUGUGUGCAGUUCUUUGAAGAAGGUAGAAGUCUUUGUCACAGUCAGCGCUCCAGAUUCAGAACAUCCCAUUAGUCAGUCUUUGCAUGAAUAUGUUUAUGAAUAACCUUGAAAAUGAAGGAAACAAAAUAACUAAAAGAGGACUCAUAGGAUCUAUAAUGGGUUUAGGGUACUCAUAAUGCUAUGUUCGAACACAACCCAUUACAUUGCAAUUGACUGAUGCUUGGUAAAUGUGUAUAAAAACAGUAGUUUUUGGAAUCUGGUGAAAUUAUGUCCAGGUCACCAAAAUCAAAAGAAAUAAAGUAUAUUUUGCAGAAUGAAGCCUUUUUAUUUAUUUAUUUAUUUCCUUUAUUCUAGCACAAAUUGUCAAGUAUUUAUAAAAUAAUAAUAUGGCUGAUGCUGGUUGCAGGCUUUUUUUUUUUUUCAUUGUACAUAAAUUUUAUUGUCAUGUAGUGGAGUGGAAUCUCGUUUAUUUAAAUAAUGGUUAAUUUAAAUAUAUAAAUAUUAAGAUAAGUUCCUGUCUGAUGCCAAAGCAGUUUAAAAUUGUAUCUUUAUCUAUGUAUCUGGAAUAAUGUACACCACUACUACAGAUGUAUGAAUGCUAAUGUAAGUAUGCUCUGUGUGUUACACUGUAUGGCCGAUUGCAAAUCUAUUUGUUCUGUA